AUGUCUGACCACCCUGCUCACACCACCCUGCCCAGACCACCCUGCUCACACCACCCUGCCCAGACCACCCUGCCCACACCACCCUGCCCAGACCACCCUGCUCACACCACCCUGCCCAGACCACCCUGCUCACACCACCCUGCCCAGACCACCCUGCCCACACCACCCUGCCCAGACCACCCUGGUCACAUCACACUGCCCACACCACUCUGCCCAGACCACCCUGUCCAGACCACCCUGCUCACACCACCCUGCCCAGACCCACCUGACCCACCUGCCCACACCACCCUGCCCAGACACACCUACUCAGACACACCUGCUCCCACCACCCUGCCCAGACCCGCCUGGUCACAUCACACUGCCCACACCACCCUGUCCAGACCCACCUGCUCACAUCACCCUGCUCACAUCACCCUGCCCACACCACCCUGCCCAGACCACCCUGCCCACACCACCCUGCCCAGACCACCCUGCCCAGACCACCCUGCCCAGACCACCCUGCCCAGACCACCCUGUCCAGACCACCCUGCCCAGACCACCCUGCCCAGACCACCCUGCCCAGACCACCCUGCCCAGACCACCCUGCCCAGACCACCCUGCCCAGACCACCCUGCCCAGACCACCCUGCCCAGACCACCCUGCCCACACCACCCUGCCCAGACCACCCUGCCCACCCUGCCCACACCACCCUGCCCACACCACCCUGCCCAGACCACCCUGCCCAGACCACCCUGCCCAGACCACCCUGCCCAGACCACCCUGCCCACACCACCCUGCCCACACCCCCCUGCCCACACCACCCUGCCCAGACCCCCUGCCCACACCACACUGCCCACACCCCCUGCCCACACCCCCUGCCCACACCACCCUGCCCAGACCACCCUGCCCACACCACCCUGCCCAGACCACCCUGCCCAACUCUUUGACUUCAUAGCAUUCCCAGAAGCCAUGGAUUAUUGA